UCCCUUGUAUCAUAUAUUCCAGACUGUUGCACAAUAUCUUUUCUAAAAGAAUGGCAAGUGAGCAGCAAUCUGUCUUUUGUAACCAAAUGCAGAGUGAAGCAUUUGGUGAGAUUAAGAUAGAUCAAAGCCUCAUUCAACGACGAAAUGCUAAUUACAAGCCAAACAUUUGGAAUUACGACAUCUUGCAGUCUCUUAAAAGCGAAUAUUCAGAUGGGAAAUACAUAACAGAAGCUCAAAAGUUGAAAGAGGAAGUUUUAUGCCAUCUGGCAGAAAUGGUGAAUCCAUUGGCCAAAUUAGAGCUUAUAGACAGCAUAAAUAAAAUGGCUCUCUCCCAUCUCUUUGAGAAGGAGAUCAUGUUGUGUCUACAAGACAUGGAAUAUGCAAAGAAGAAGGAUUCUGGCGGUGAAAUGUAUCUCUAUUCUACUGCCUUAUAUUUUAGAAUUUUUCGGCAGCAUGGCUAUAAAGUGACACAAGAUGUAUUCCUUAGCUAUAUGGAUAAAUUGGGUGAUCAAUUCGAGGUAGACGCAAACAUGGAUCCAAAAACAAUGGUGCAACUAUUUGAAGCCUCUCACUUGGCUUUAAAGGAUGAAAAUAUGUUGAAUGAGGCUAGAAUAUUUUGCACUAAGAAUCUAAAAAGUUCAAAUAUUAUUCCAAUGGAAAUGCCACUGCAUUGGCAGGUGGAAUGGUACAACACCAGAGGGAAAAUAUCCAAACAGGAAAAUGAACAAAGGGGGCCAAACUUUAAACUUCUUCAACUAGCUAAACUCAACUUUAAUAUGGUCCAAGCUGAGCAUCAGAAAGAUCUGGUAGAUAUUCUGAGGUGGUGGAGAAAACUUGGACUGAUAGAACAUCUAAGCUUCAGCAGAGAUAGAAUUGUCGAAAGCUUUUUGUGGUCAGUUGGCGUUGCUUUCGAGCCUCAACAUUCUAAUUUCAGAAAUUUGCUCACCAAAGCCAUCACUUUCAUUAUACUAAUUGACGAUGUUUAUGACAUUUAUGGCUCUUUACAACACCUACAACUCUUCACCAAUGCUGUUGUCAGAUGGGACCCUAAGGAGGUUGAGCAACUUCCAUUAUGUAUGAAAACCUGUUUUUGGAAACUAUAUGAUACUACAAAUGAUGUAGCACUUGCAAUUCAGCAACAAAAAGGUUGGAAAUUACCAGUGUCCACAUAUCUACAAAAAGCGUGGGCUGAAUUUUGCAAAGCACUGCUUGUGGAAGCUAAAUGGGAUGCAAAGGGUUAUACACCAUCAUUUUCUGAUUAUUUAGAUAAUGGGUGGAAAUCAUCAGGUGGCCCUGUGCUCUCUCUUCAUGUUCUUCUUGGUUUAGCUCAAGAUUUCACACAAGUUAUGGAUUUUCUGGAGAAUGAAUACGACCUUAUACACAAUUCCUCCCUUAUAAUCCGACUUUGCAACGACCUUGGGACUUCAGCCGCUGAACUGAAAAGAGGUGAUGUGUCAUCGUCUGUCUUGUGUUACAUGAAGGAAGCAGAUGUUGAGGAGGAUGUGGCAAGGGAGGAUAUCAAAGACAUGGUGAUGGAGACUUGGAAGAAAAUGAACAAAUAUUGCUUUGACAAUUCAGCAUUAUCACUGGGACCAUUAAUAAAGUACAUAAUGAAUAUAGCGCGAGUCACACACUUCAUUUAUCAAAAUGGAGAUGGAUUUGGUGUUCAAGAUAGAGAAACUCAACAACAAAUCUUAUCUUCUUUGAUUGAAUCUCUACCUCUCGAAUGAGAGAAAACAGUACUAUGCAAUACGCAUAUUUACAUUGCUAAGAAAAAAGAAAAAGAAAUAGUGAAUAUGUACUAAAUCGCUUUUAUUGUUUCAA